AUGUUGACCGGAAUGGCGGCUUCAGCACCUCAAUCAUCUGAUGGAAAUCCUCAAGGGGUCAGGCCACUUGUUGUUGAGUUGUACAUGUGCUUCCAGGAUGAGCUUCAGAUGUAUGAAGACGGGACUUUGGAAGCUGUCUUGUCAGCCGAUUCAACAUCGAUACAGCUAGAGUACAAGUGUCCUCAAUAUGCCAUCACCCCAUUCCUCACCCACUCCCUUCUGCCUGCGAUUUUUGCAUCUCUUUUUGGCCUAGCCAUACCUGAGGGCUCUUGCUGGUCUACAUACCCCUUCGCACUCACAGUCCCUUCUAGAUUCUUACACACUGCUGCUGCACCCCAUCCGGCGGGAAAGCCGGCCACCCGUAGAGAGCACUUCAAGGUGCUAUGGCACAUUGGUUUUUCAAGUUUGCUCACGUGA